AUGUUUCCGGGCAUUGAGGAGAUCUGCAGGCGGCAUCUACAGUUUUACGAAUCGCUUUAUGCCGAGGCUAACCCGAAGAAUCAGCCGUUCAUCGACGCGAACGUAGCAGCGGCUUUUCUCAAGAGGUCUAAUGUUCCGAAUCCGGUCCUUGGAGAAAUUUGGAACAUAGCAAAUUUCGAAUGCAAAAGAUUCCUAGACAAGAAAGGCUUUUUCGUAGCUUUAAAGCUCAUUGCUUUGGUGCAGCAGGGCCGAGAACCGACGGUUGCCAACCUCACUGCGGACAUCGCUCCUCCGGUUAUUACCAGUAAAAGAAACGAGUUUCUGAAUUCGAUGAGGAGCGAAAAGUUAAACCAAAUAACGCCAGAAGAACGCCUAAAGUAUGACGAAAUAUUUGAGACAUUGAUGCCAAUCAACGGGAAACUGAGCGGUGAACAGGUAAAACCGGUUCUAUUUAAUUCCGGUCUGCCAACUAGAACAUUGGGAAAGAUUUGGGAGCUGAGCGACAUGGACAGAGAUGGACUUCUGGACAAGGACGAAAUGGCAGUGGCACUGCAUUUGGUGUAUCGGGCUUUAGAAGGCGACCCGGUGCCUGAUUUUCUUCAGCCGGAAAUGGUUCCUCCAUCUAAGCGACUUUACUGUCGAUCGACAUCAGUUGCCGGCGAUCCUUUUCAGCACUCGGCAGCGAAUUACUCGUCUUCGUUCAAAUUUCGGACUGACAGCAUCGCAUCACUUAAUCAGGGCGACGACUGUCGGUCAGGAAGAAGUGCCGCGUCUCGCAGCCUAACUGGAAGCCCUUCCGCGUUGUGGAACUUCAGCGUGGACACAAAAAAAUGGCAGCCAUUUUUUAAUGAACUUGACAAAAAUCACGUCGGUGUGGUUAGCGGUUCUGACGUGAAGGAGACGUUCUUGCAAACUGGCCUACCGCAGAGCUGCCUGGCUCAAAUAUGGAGCCUGUGCGACAUGAAAAAUUCCGGUACCUUAGACCUGGAUCAGUUCGCGUUGGCUAUGUACCUGAUUGAGGAGAAAAAGAAUUUCAACAAAGGCCCACCAGCGUCGCUGCCUCUAGACCUCAUACCGCCAUCUUGUCGUGCGGUGAAUGGUGGAAUGUCAGACAUGAGCACCAGCACCACCGAAAUCUUUCACGCAGAAUCUAAGUCAUCAUCAGGAUCAAGUAAGGAAGUAGAAAAAAUCACUGCCGAAAUCAGGGAAAUGCAGAGCGAGAAACGAACUCUCGAAACGCAAGUGUUCGAAACCCAAAACGAGCUAAACACGAGGCAAGCGAGCAUCCAUACCAUGGAGGUAGAAUGCGACACAUUCGAAACGACCGUCAGACAGUUAGAAGCGCAAAAGGCUGAGGCUAACAGGCGUCUCGAUGAGCUUGAGCAUCAGAGAGCCACCUUGAGCGAAUCUCUGGAGAGUCUGAAGGCUCGCCUAGAAGCUGAACAAUCAGAACUGCGGACGUUACAGGCGGAAGCAGAAAAUCGCAUGGCGCUAGCCAAGGGCCAAUCUGCUGUUGAGAAACUGUCUGGUCAAAGGAAUGCACUUGCGGUUCAAGUCGCUAAGUUAGAACAGCUGCUGCUGUCUGAUGAUAUCAAGAGUGCAUCCAGCUACCAAAUGAUGCAAUCGGUUAUCGCCGAAAUGUCUGACAUGAACCUUGGAGAAAUGGUUCCCAGUGGUUCCGCAACCGACACUGAGACAAAGCCUGAGGAGACGAAGGUGAUCGAAGACCCGUUUUUGUCAAGCGAUCCGUUUGUGUCAGGCGACAGCGCCCUUUCUGAACCGUACGAUCUUUUCGGCGACAAAGAUUCGUUUCCCAAAAAGGAUUUUGGCUUCGUUGACGCUGCUUUCAAACAGCAAAUGCCAAACGCUGUGAGCAGUAAGUCUCCGCCUUUUGAUGACGAUGAGUGGUUCAGCGGAAAGGUCGACGCAACGAUUGAAACCUCACGAGCGAAAAAGACUCCUCCUCCUCGACCAGCUUUGCCGAAACUUCGUACAGCGACUUCGCCAUCCUCACCCUCAGCCACCAAAGACCCAUUCACAUCGUCGCCGAGCGACCCGUUCCAAACAAAAAACUUUGCUGAACAGGACGAUCGAUUUUCCUCUGCGAACUUUGCUGAUUUUUCGCAGUUUCACUGA